AUGACUACACUCAGGAUUCUCUUAGCAUUACUAGCAGCAAAGGGUUGGUUGCUUCAGCAACUCGACAUCAAUACGGCUUUUCUCCAUAGCAAUCUAGACGGAGAAGUUUACAUGAGUUUACCUCCGGGCCUCAACGUGAAGAAACCUGGCAUGGUUUGCGAAUUAACCAAGUCGCUCUAUAGCCUCAAACAGGCCAAUGACCUAAUCCUCACAGGGAAUGACCAAUUAGAGAUCAACAUCACCAAGCAACAAUUACAUGCAGCAUUCAAAAUAAAAGAUAUUGGUAAUUUAAAGUACUUCCUGGGUCUUGAGAUAGCUAGAUCAAGCACUGGUGUUGCGAUUCACCAAAGAAAAGUUGUCUUGGACUUGCUCACUGAAUACAAAAUGAUCGAAUGCAAGCCUGCCACAACUCCGAUGGAUUAUGCAACCAAACUGGCCAAGGAUUCAGCACCAGCAUUCCCAGAUGUGUCGGCUUAUAGACGCCUCAUUGGCAGACUUGUCUACCUCACAACAACACGGCCAGACAUUUCGUUUACGGUGGGAAAGUUAAGCCAUUGUUUGGACUGUCCUACCACUGCCCACUAUAAUGCAGCUCUCCGAAUUCUCAAAUACUUGAAGAAUGCCCCUGUAGCAGGUCUCUCCUUCUCUGCCUCCUCAGACCUGCUCCCUUCCGACUACUCAGAUGCAGAUUGGGCAGCAUGUCCAGAUAGUAGAAGAUCAGUCUCUGGCUAUUGCUUCUACAUAGGCACUUCACUUAUCUCAUGGAAGAGCAAAAAACAAACAACUGUGGCUAGAUCCUCAUCUGAAGCGGAGUAUAGGGCGCUAGCAUUUGCGACGUGUGAAGCUCGUUAG